AUGGGGGUGAAGGAAUUCCUACGCAUGAGUAAUGGAGAACGAGAUACAAGCUAUGCUCAGAAUUCUUUCAAUAGAUCGGUGAUAUCAACUGCAAAACCUAUCCUAGAGAAGGCCAUUGAAGAUCUCGUCAAUGAGGGUCUUCCCUCUAAUGUCUUAACCAUUGCGGACUUGGGUUGCGCCUUCGGUCCUAAUACGUUCACAGUGAUCACUACGAUCAAACGAAAAGUAGAGAAAAUGUGCAACGAAUUAGGUGUAAAGCAGCCAGAGCUUCAAGUUUUCUUAAAUGAUCUUCCUGGAAAUGAUUUCAACUCAACGUUCAAAUUCUUUUUUAAAAAUUAUCAACAACUUGAAGGAGAAAGGAUCGGCGAGGAUGGUAAGAAGUGUUUCAUUGCAGGUGCUCCUGGCUCCUUCUACGAGAGACUGUUCCCCUUAAAUAGUUUACACCUUGUCCAUUCUUGCUACAGUGCGCAUUGGCUCUCUCGGGUUCCACCAGGGCUCACAAGUGAAGUCGGUAUUCCAAUAAACAGGGGGAAAAUCUACAUCUCCAAUACUAGCCCCUCUCCUGUCAGCAAAGCUUACCUGGAACAAUUUCAAGAGGAUUUUACUUCGUUCAUCAAGUUGAGAUCAAAAGAGUUGAUCCUCAAUGCUCGUAUGGGACUAAUUGAGGAAGAGAAGUUAGAUUCUUUUAAUGUGCCAUAUUACACGGCAUCAUGCGAGGAAAUUCAAGAAGUAAUAGACAAGGAGGGCUCCUUCGACACAAAACAGUUGGUAACAUUUGCUCUAGAUAUUGGGGACAAGGAAGAGACAAACAUGCAGGUUAAGGGAGGUAAGGUAGCUAAAAAUAUCAGAUCAGUUUCAGAACCCCUGAUUUCUCACCACUUUGGACAUGAGAUUAUAGAACCAUUGUAUGAGAAAUUUACUCGUUUGGUAAUUGAUCACAUGGUCAAGAAGCUUCCUAUUGAACUUGUGAGCAUUGCCAUCACACUUCAGAGAAAGGGCUGGAAGUAA